UAAACUAGCCAUACAUAAUGAUGGCUGAAGUAGCUGAUUUCCUUGUCGUAUGCCUACUAGUAGUAAACACAAUUAAUUGUCUUCCUGCACACUCACCGGGGACAAAAUAUUCUCCAAUUCCGACAGAGAAGUUUUCAAAACAUACAGUGCUAGACCCUGUCGGAAAUUUUCAUCUAUUUUGGAAUUUUAAUUCUACUCAUAUAACAUUUGAAGCUCAUGUCAAAACACGCGGAUAUGUGGGCAUUGGCCUUUCUCCUAACGGAAAGAUGUACCCAGCAGACAUCGUCAUUGGAUGGGUAAAACACGGGCAUGCAUUCUUGAAGGAUAGACACUCAAGUGGACAUUUUGAACCAGUCAUUGACGCUUCACAGGACUGGGUUCUUCUUCAUGGAGAAGAAAACAAUCAUGGAACUGUAAUCAAGACAGUCCGUAAACUGGACACGUGUGACGAUGAUGACGUCAAGAUAACGAACGACACCGUUCGGGUAAUUUACGCCUACAGUGACCAUGAACCUCAGCACGAGGGCGAAGGUCUUGUUUAUCAUGGGACCCACAGAGGCGCCAAAAGUCUCAUGUUAUUGACCGAGACCAAAAAAGCCGCCAUACCAAGUGACGUCAUAACACGAGAUCUGCUGAAUAACAAGUUUCUCGUACCAGAUGUUGACACUUAUUAUAUGUGUACAGUAUUUGACCUUUCUGACUUUGGAAAGAAACAUCACAUGAUAAAGUAUGAACCAAUUAUACAAAAAGGCAAUGAAGGAUUGGUUCACCACAUUCUUCUUCACAAGUGUUCUGGAAUAGACAGAAAAUAUGUUGGCGUUAGAUUUAAUUGUUAUUCUAAUCACAACCACCAACUCAAACCCUGCGGCAAAGUCAUUCUGGCUUGGGCAGUUGGAGGAAAGGAGUUUUAUUAUCCCGAGGAAGCGGGUCUACCUAUCGGAGAACCAGGAGACAAUGACCUUUAUAUCAUGGAGACUCAUUUUAACAAUCCUGACAGGAGAAAUGAUUUUGUGGAUAACUCUGGAUUUCGUCUGACCUUGACCCCGACACUCAGGAGACAUGAUGCUGGUAUUCUGACAGCAGGAAUGAAAGUCAAUGAUAUGCAGAUAAUUCCUCCAUUCGAAAAGGAGUUCCUAUCUAGUGGAUUUUGUUCACAAGAGUGUUUAAAAAAGGGUCUUGAUUCUUUCUCCGAUGGAGUAAACGUAUUUGCAAUUCUCGAGCACGGUCAUUUGCUGGCCAGAAAAAUUAAGACUAGAAUUAUCCGUAAUGGGACUGAACUAGAACCGUUAGCAAUGGACAAUAAUUAUGAUUUUAAUUACCAAGAUUAUCGAUACUUUACCAAGACUAGAAAAUUAAUGUCGGGCGAUGAACUGGUUGUGGAAUGCAAUUACGAUUCUUCACAAAAGUCUGCUGUUACUUAUGGAGGAUUAGCUACAACUGAUGAGAUGUGUCUAUCUUUCUUGGUUUACUAUCCACGGAUGGCUGUAGAAAGCUGUCAGAGUAGCCCGAUGUAUAACAGUAUCCACAGAGUGGGCUAUGGCGGACGUCCAGUGGCAUCCAUGUUUGAUUUGACUUCAUCAGCCUCCAGAACUUAUUUCAAUAUUGUUCUCGCAUCGACAAACCACCGGACGUCCUGUUCUGGGUCAUCAUUGACACCAAAGCACAGCCAUCAAGAACUCCAGAUGCUUAUCCCAGAUUCUCCUUACUUUGAACCGCCAUCUACUUGUCCUACGUCGUUGAAUCUAAAGAUGACGUCACUUCCAACAACGCCUAAUCCAUGUGGAUCUCCUAAACCGACGGAACAAUUUGACUUUCAGGAAAACAUAGAUCCUGAUGGAAAAUAUGUACUCUUCUGGAAUGUGAACAAAACACACAUUGUAUUUGAGGCACACGUAGAAACUAAGGGUUACAUUGGAUUUGGAUUAUCACCAAACGGUAAAAUGUAUCCUGCAGACAUCAUAGUUGGAUGGGUCAAAGAUGGAGUUCCUCAUUUCAAGGACAUGUACAGUGUUGGUCACUCUAGACCUAUCGUGGAUUCGUCUCAAGACUGGCAUCUUCUUUACGCAAAUGAGGAUAGUUGUCGGACUUCCUUAAAAAUGGUCAGGAAGCUAGACACCUGUGAUGAUAAAGACUUCAAAAUCACGGAUGACACAGUGAAGAUAAUUUAUUCGUACCACCACAAUGAUCCCGUCAAUCAUGACGCCAUUAUGUACCAUGGAGUCAACCGCGGGGUCAAAAGUCUAUUGCUUCUGUCCAAAAUAACCCCUCCAGUGCUAGAGAGCGAUUCCCAAGUUGUUGAUUUUUUCAACAAUAACUACCACGUACCUGCUGUCGACACGACGUACAGCUGCCGAAUCUUUGACUUUUCUUCUCUUCACAAAAAGCACCAUCUAACAAAGUUCGAGGUUAUAGUACAGAAAGGUCAUGAAGUUUUGGUUCACCACAUGGUUAUUUACAAGUGUCCAGGAAUCAACAGAAACCUCGUCAACUCCCCUAAUUACGUGUGUUACGAGGAUCCAGACAAAUCCAAACAUCCGUGUGGUAAAAUCGUGGCCAUCUGGGCCGUGGGAGGAGAGGCGUUUUACUUCCCUGACGAGGCUGGACUUCCUGUGGCAGAACCCGGGGACACAGAUCUGUACAUCAUGGAGACCCAUUACAACAAUCCAGGAUUAAGAAAUGACUUGGUGGACAGCUCCGGGUUCCGGUUGACCGUGACCCCCACCCUGAGACUUCAUGACGCUGGUAUUCUGGAGGUGUCGGCCAUGGUUGACCAGAGUCAAGUAAUUCCUCCUCAUCAGCCCAAUUUUAUCUCGACCGUCUUCUGUAACGCAUCCAUUUUACAUCAGGGACUGAAAGACUUUCCAGACGGUAUCCAUGUCUUUGGAGUCCAGCAACACGCCCAUCUUCUCGGCAAGGCGAUAAAAACACGACUUAUUCGAGGUGGAGUGGAACAGAAACCGUUAGCAGACGACAGACAUUACGACUUUAAUUAUCAGGAUUUCCGUCGAACAAACAGAACACUAAGAGACGGCGACAGCAUUAUAGUUGAGUGUACCUAUGACUCCACUGGACGAACCAAUGUAACAUAUGGAGGAUUUUCUACAAGUGAAGAAAUGUGUAUUUCAUUUAUAUUCCACUAUCCACGCACACGACUUUAUGACUGUUUGAGCAAACCACUGUAUAACAGGUUCCAUCAUAAUAGCAAGAAUCAGUGGAGUCUCUUAGGAACAUUGGCAUCUGAGUUUAAUGGCUUUGACUGGAAGAACUCGACUGUGUUCCAAGAGUUUAAUGAUAGUCUGGCUAACGACUCUUACUUCUACGUAUACGGUCACGACAAAAAUAUGUAUAACUACAGUGUCUUCCACCCCCAGACUAUGUACCCUACAGUACCUUACACAGAGCAGAUAGACACAACCUGUACUGUUUAAACUACUGACUUUGUUUUAAAUCUUAGCAUGUAACGUUGAGG